AUGGAAAAGGGGGAUUUUUCUGAGAUGCUGUUAAGGAUGAAAGUUUUGGCUGAUGAGGUUGUUAAAGCUAAGAAAUCUGAAAUUCAGGUAGAGGCUUUUUCUGAGUUUGGAAUGUUGGUUGAGAAAUUGCUACCAAUCUUGAAUGAAUUGAGUGAUAAAAGCACUGUUUUGGACAAGCCGUCGAUUCGAAAAUCGUUGGAAUCUCUCGAGAAUGAGUUGCGUCGUGCUAGAACUUUAACGAGAAGCUUGAAUUUGAGACAUCCGGUUAAGCAAAUCGAGGAUAUGACACAUGAUAUCGGCCGGUCGUUAGGUGUUUUGCUUGUUGCGAGUCUUGAAGUUUCUAUUGAUUUUAGAGAACAGAUUGGUAUAUUGCAAAGACAGAUGAUGAAUGCAAGAUUCGAUGGCGUUUCGAGUAUGACUUCGAGUCCAAAAUCGGAGUUUUUCGUGAGUGAAAUGAAGACGGUUGGGGAAAUAGAAGAGGAAAUAAUUGAUGUUUCUAUUGGUGAUGUGGUUUUGCAACUUAAGAAUGGCAAUGAUGAAGAAUUUGCAGUUUCGCUUCUGAGACUAAAGGAGUUUUUGAGAAAUGAGAAAUUGGACGGCGGUUUGAUUAACGAGGAAGCAACUAUUUCCAUUCUUUUCAAUCGUUUAAGUUCGUGUAAGGCGGAUAAUAGGCUCGCCAUAAUUCAGUUGCUUAGACAAAUUGCUUUCGGAAAUGACGAGAAAAAGGAGAAGAUGGUCGAGGUUGAGUUUUUAUCGGCAGUGGUGAAGUCUCUUACAAGGGAUUCAGAAGAGAGGAGGGAAGCAGUAGGGUUGUUGCUAGAUCUCUCUAACGUUCCAGCAGUUCGAAGGCGGAUCGGAAGAAUUCAAGGGUGUAUCGUUAUGUUGGUCGCCAUUCUUAACGGCGAUGACUCAGUUGCUUCACACGAUGCCGCAAAGUUGUUGGAUAUUUUGUCGAGUAAUAAUCAAAAUGCACUUCAUAUGGCUGAGGCCGGUUACUUUAGGCCGCUAGUUCAGUAUUUGAAGGAAGGCUCUGACAUGAACAAGAUCCUAAUGGCGACAGCACUUUCUAGGUUGGAACUUACCGAUAACAGCAAACUUACUCUCGGAGAAGAUGGAGCAAUCGAGCCUCUUGUCAAAAUGUUCGUCACAGGGAAACUUGAAUCCAAGUUAUCAUCUCUAAACGCGCUACAAAACCUGUCUAGCUUGACCGAAAACGUGCAACGUUUAAUUCAAUCAGGAAUUACGGGAUCUUUGCUACAACUUCUUUUCUCGGUAACGUCUGUGCUCAUGACACUAAGGGAGCCUGCAUCGGCCAUUCUUGCAAGAAUUGCUCAGUCGGAAUCUAUUCUCGUCAACGAAGAUGUUGCUCAACAGAUGCUUUCACUUUUGAAUCUUUCGAGCCCGAUAAUUCAAAGUCAUCUAUUAGAAGCUCUCAAUAGCAUGUCUUCUCAUCUCGGCGCAUCCAAAGUGAGAAGAAAAAUGAAAGAAAAAGGUGCACUUCAACUACUCUUACCCUUUCUUCAAGAAAGUAACACCAAAAUCAGGUGUAAGGUCUUGAAUUUGCUAUACACACUCUCUAAAGAUAUAACCGAUGAACUAACCGAAUAUCUCGACGAAACUCAUCUUUUAAACAUUGUUAGUAUUGUCUCAACGUCCACGUCGGAGAGUGAAAAAGCUGCUGCGGUUGGCAUCCUGAGUAAUCUUCCUGCUAGCGAUAAAAAGGUAACCGAUAUUCUAAAAAGGGCAAAUUUGCUACCGAUUUUGAUAUCAAUUUUGUAUUCUAGCAAUGCAAGUAAAUCACCAUCAACUAAUAGCUUAAUCGAGAGUGCUGCCGGUGUUAUAAACCGCUUCACGAAUUCAUCCGACAAGAAACUACAACUAGUUUCAGUACAACAUGGGAUAAUUCCUUUGCUCGUAAAACUGCUCUCGACAGGUUCACCGAUUACAAAAUCAAGGGCUGCAAACUCUUUAACUCAACUAUCACAAAACUCUCUUUCUCUUAGGAAAUCUAGAAAAUCAAGAUGGUUAUGUGUUCAACCUUCAACAAAUGCAUAUUGUGAAGUUCAUGAUGGAUAUUGCUUUGUGAACAGCACAUUUUGUUUAGUAAAAGCGGGCGCGGUUUCUCGGCUUAUCGAGAUAUUGGAAGAUAAAGAGAAGGAAGUAGUUGAAGCUUCUCUUGUUGCACUUUCAACUCUUUUGCAAGAUGAAAUUUGGGAAAAUGGUGUGAAUUUCAUUGCCAAAUUAUCUGGUGUGCAAGCAAUUAUAAAAAGUUUAGAAGUUGGUGAUGCAAAGGUUCAAGAAAAAGCAUUAUGGAUGUUGGAGAGAAUAUUUAAGAUUGAAGAACAUAGAGUGAAAUAUGGAGAAUCUGCUCAAGUGGUGCUUAUUGAUUUGGCACAAAAAAGUGAUUCUAGAUUGAAGUCCACAGUUGCAAAAGUAUUAGCUGAGCUAGAACUCUUGCAAGAUCAAUCAAGCUACUUUUGA